AUGUCUCACUCACCCAAUAAGUUCCCCGAGCCAAAAGGUAAACAAUUCAAACGCCUUCUACCUCAGUCUGACUCAGAUGAUGAUGAACCGUGCAAGAAAAAACAAAAAAAUGAAGAAAAUUCACCCAUGAAGUCCAUCGAUUCUAAUGGCAGAGGAUGUAAGCGCCCUCUACCUCAGUCUGACUCAGAUGAUGAUGAACCGUGCAAGAAAAAACAAAAAUUAGAAGAAAAUUCACCCAUGAAGUCCAUCGAUUCUAAUGGCAGAGGAUGUAAACGCCCUCUACCUAAGUCUGACUCAGAUGAUGAUGAACCGUGCAAGAAAAAACAAAAAUUAGAAGAAAAUUCACCCAUGAAGUCCAUCGAUUCUAAUGACAGAGGAUGUAAACGCCCUCUACCUCAGUCUGACUUAGAUGAUGAUGAACCGUGCACGAAAAAAAAUAAUUUAGAAGAAUGUUCUCCCGAGUCUUCUGUUAAUGGGGUAAAGUGGGGUAAGAAGAACUCGGAGAGGGAAGGACGCUCCAAGUUAGUUGUGGGCCUAAAAACAUAA